CAAAUGCAAACCGCACUUUUUAGUUCAUUUUUAAAAUUGAUAAACAUGUAUCAUGUCACAGUUAUGCUACAGUUUGUGACAAAAAUAAUAAAAAUGUGAUAUGAGUAGCUUUGCAAGGGAAAGUUGAAUAAAAGAAAAAAGCUUCAUGUUUCUGCUGCUCACUUUCAGCUGUGGCUCCAUUGUUGUGGUUCGGACGGCGUCCUUCCAGAUAAGCCAGCGAAUUAACCAUGACACAGUUUCUUCUUCUCUCAUUUACUGCAGCAUUCGCUCUUUCCUCCAUCCACAUUUCCUCCAUUUUUAUAGUUUCUCCACCAGAAGGUGGUGUAGCUGCCAGCUGAAAUGGGAGAAUGGGACCUACUGGGCCGGCUGCUGGAGAAAGUGCAGAGCCACUCCACCAUGAUCGGGAAGGUCUGGCUCACCGUUCUGUUCAUUUUCCGGAUCAUGGUCCUGCAAACUGCUGCUGAAAAGGUUUGGGGCGACGAACAGUCCGACUUCAUCUGUAACACUCAGCAGCCGGGAUGCGAGAACGUCUGCUACGACGUCGCCUUCCCCAUCUCUCACGUCCGCUUCUGGGUCCUUCAGAUCAUCGCCUUGGCAACCCCAAAGCUGCUGUACCUCGGCCAUGUCCUCCACGUGAUUCACAUUGAAAAGAAGAUGAAGGAAAGGAUGGAGAACCAGGCAGAGCUGGACGACAAAGUGAGUCUCUUCCUCAGGAGGACCUUGAAGGUUCCCAAGUACACAAAAAGCAGUGGGAAGAUCAGCAUCCGCGGUCGCCUCCUCCGCAGUUAUGUGCUGCAUCUCAUUGCCACAAUUGUUCUGGAGGCCGUGUUCAUCGUGGGUCAGUACCUACUGUAUGGUUUCACCCUGAAGCCCCAGUACGUGUGCUCUCGCUCCCCGUGCCCUCACAAGGUGGACUGCUUCCUGUCCCGACCGACCGAGAAAUCCGUCAUCAUCUGGUUCAUGCUGGUGGCGGCCGCUGUCUCGCUCGCCCUCAGCAUCGCCGAGCUGCUCUACCUGUUCGUGAAGGCGGUGAAGGAAUGCGCGGCCAGACGGCAGGACUACACCGUCACCCCGGUGACGCCCCCGAGGUCGAAGAAGAAAGCUUUUCAGAAGCACGGCGAGGUGAUCCAGAAUUGUGUCAACCUGGAUUUGGAGCUGCAGGGGAGGAAGUCAGGGAUGAACGGGAUGGUAGGCGCCAUAGACGUGGUGACGGAGAGCAGCAUUGGGGAAAUCCACAUCUGAGUCAUGAAUCUGUGUUUUGUUUGCAUCAGCAGAAGUAAAUAAAGUGGGGAUAAGAUCACCAUC